UAUCAAGAAUCUUCCUCUCCUCGACCUACCAAAGAGAUCAAAAUGCAAAACGUGUGGAUGGAGCCUCCCGAGUGGCGCAGCGGUCUAAGACACUGCAUCGCAGUGCACACUGCUUGCUACAGAUGCUGGUUCGGGACCCGUGCCGGCUGCGACCAGGAGACUCAUAAGGCGACGCACAAUUAGCCCAGUGUCGUCCGAGUUAGGGGAGGGUUCUGCAUAUUCUGGGCCGAUUCUGGGCAGUCGUUCAUUUUGAUCCUGGCCUCCUGGAAGAGGGCCGCUUCUGGGUCGAUUCCUCAUUGCUAGCUGGGGCAGCAUGAGUUCAUAAAAGGGUUGGCUGACAACGUUACGAAAAUGAUCUGCCCGCAUUGAUGCCCAGAAGCCGUGCGUUAUUAUUACAGUCCAAAGGGAAUCCAUGCAACCGGCUAUAUACUCAUAUACCCUGUGGACCGGUCCGUACAUAAAACAUUCACCAUUCAGGCUGCAAAGGUGUUGAGUUCCUCCUUAACUUCAUUAAAUAGCAAGAAGGCAGAAAACAAACUGGGAGUAUAUGCAUACUUUCUUUAUGAAACACAAUUUUCCACCACUAUGCUAGAGUGGCUAAAUGCUAGUCCCGGAUGUGGCAUAUCGCGUUCAGCCGAUCAGGUUGCAGCAAUCUGUUUUUUAUUUUUAUUAGUUUGCUCUGAACAAAUGACUAUAUGAUCACGUGACACCAUUAAUUCCUCUGUGGAGACUCUUUGAAACCAAAUUAAGUCGGUUAAAAGGUAGACUCAGCGAUAUGACGCAGAUGCAGAAAGUAAACAUUAUAGUGGGUCAGUUUCCGCAACAAUUAAGCGCGUAGAAAUAGAGCUAUGCUACCCAACCCGAGCCCAACGGGCCCUGACAUUACACAUCUGGUUAGGGCCGGGUAGGGCCUGUUCUUUUUUUUCAUCAAUAACUAGGGUAUGGGCGGGCUCGGGUAACACCAAAUUGAUCACUAACAUUUUGAAGCUGAGCCAUUUGCUUGUUCACUACUGCGCACUACAGUCAUAUCUGACUAAGAUCAUAACAUGGUGCCUCAACCUCGUCAAAUAUAUAACAGGUGAGAUUAUGAAAAAAAAAGUUUCGGCAGAUUUUAGUGACAAAGUAGCUAACAGCUAAGUGCUCUCAUGUCUCUUCAUUGAGCAGAGCAGCCCAAAUGGAUCCGUUGCUAUGGAUACACACAGACUCAGAGCCGCCAGCGGAGUGCAUGCAGAGCGAGCUGUGCGCAGGGAGCGAGUGAUAAACAGAGAAGAGCAGCUAAUGGGUUUCUAACAGAGUAAGUUAUUUCUGAUUUGGGGUUUCGCCUUACAUUUGGGCGGAAGCAAUCAUACCUGGGUAGGGUCUGAACAUUGCGUGCAUGGGUAGGGCUUAAAAUUCAUGCCUUUUCUGUGCUCUAUGUUGGCGCUCGGGGCUCAAUUUCUCCACUGUUUUGGUGCUCUGGCUACCAUGCUGUGAACAGCGUGAAGCGAAUCCGUGCACAUGCGCAGAUACUGUGUAAGAGCGAAGUCUUGCGUCUCUCUCAUCUGCAGUGCUGCUCGUGACAACCAUUGAGUCUACCUUUUUAAGAUGGCAUCUCAUGUAGACAACAUACGCAGUUUGAGCUACUCCGGGAAGUGACAUUGCAGGCUAGCUCAGUACCCCCCCCCCCCCCCAUCGAGUAACUCAAGUUGAAGGCCACCUGGGUACUGCAGGCUGCCAUUAGCAACUCAAAUAUCCUUAUCUUAUUCUGUGUUCUGUUUUUUAUGUUUAAAUAAUCAGUUCCAGGAAGUACAUCUGCUGUAUUAGAAGCAAUUAUUGGUACCAUGAUUGGUUCAAAACAUUUUCUUAUUUACGUGAAGAUUGACCACGAAGAUCGCAGAUUUUCAAUACACUAUACUGUUUUCUGCUAACAAUGCGUGCAGUUGCGCGGUCAGCCCCCCCCUCAGCCUACUCGCCAUUAAAUCCAGUUAAGGAGGAAAUGUACGCUUUUGCAGCCCGAAUGGAGAAUGUUUUAUGUACGAACCAGUCCACGUAUAGUUGGAUGCAUGGAUUCCCUUUGGACGGUAAGAUGAAACGUCUCAAUAUCGCCAUCUGCUGGCCUUUGGUCUAGAUAGAAAAAAUGUGGCCGUUGGAUGUCUUGCUUUCUCUUCUGUCUCUGAUUGUGUCAAUGGCUUGCCCUUUCACUUUUGUCUUUCAGGCGUUUCAUGUAAGCCUGGUAUGAUCUGUUCUCAGUACUAUUUACACUGGAAGAAAAAAGGCCUGCCCAUUGGCAGAUGGUAUCCUUAUUCAACUUGGCUUCCUUUGGGAGAGGCUAACUGUGUGGCAGUAUGUCAGAUGGGAACGAGUCCUGCAUGUUCAGAGAUGGAGCCGAGUUUGUGGCCUGCAUCUUUCACACAUUCGAGGAAUGGUCAGGACUAGGACCCCUGGAAGACUAUCUGAGCUAUCUGGAGUACCUGGCCUGGGUUUUCACCCCUCUGGUUGUUGUUUUCAUCCUGCCCUUCCUCAUUGUGAUCCUCCUCUACCUCUCCAUACUCUUCCUCCAUGUGUACAAACACAAGAACCAGCUCAGGGAGGCCUACUCCAACAACCUGUGGGAUGGUGCUAGGAAAACUCUGGCAACGUUGUGGGAUGGCCACGGGUUCAUAUGGCACGGAUAUGAAAUCCAUGGUAUGGAGAAGAUUCCAGAUGAAGGAGCAGCUCUUAUAGUCUAUUAUCAUGGGGCUAUUCCCAUCGACUAUUAUUACUUUCUGGCAAAUGUCAUCAUUCAGAAGGGACGGAUAGUUCACUCAGUCGCUGAUCACUUUCUGUUCAAAGUUCCAGGGUUCAAGCUGCUGUUGGAGGUGUUUAGUGUGAUCCAUGGGCCCCAGCAAGAGUGUGUGAAGGCACUGAAAAGUGGCCACCUCCUGGGCAUCUCACCUGGAGGCGUGAGGGAGGCGCUCCUCAGUGACGAGACCUAUCAACUGCUCUGGGGGAAGAGAAAGGGCUUCGCACAAGUGGCUAUCGAUUCCAAAGUGCCAAUAAUUCCCAUGUUUACUCAAAACGUCAGGGAAGGAUUCCGAUCUCUCGGCGGGUUAAGCAUUUUCAGAUGGUCCUAUGAAAAAUUCCGCGUGCCGAUGGCCCCCGUCUAUGGGGCUUUUCCUGUGAAGUUUCGUACAUACUUAGGUGACCCCAUCCCAUAUGACCCUAACAUUGGUGCAGCAGAGUUAGCUGAAAAGACCAAUCAAGCAGUUCAAGCACUCAUUGACAGACACCAAAUUAUUCCCGGGAAUGUCCUUCGAGCACUACUAGAGCGAUUCCACAGCAGGCAUAAAGAAAAAUAGCCAUAAGGAAUAUCAUUUUGUUUUUGUUAUAUGAAGCAGUUACAUAUUUUUAAGACACUGUUACAUAUUGAAAGUAUUAUCAUGUGAUCAGUUGAAUGGUUAACUACAGAUUUGGAUCUUAAUUUGAGCCAGUCUCCUAUAGCAGGAAAAUAAUCCUGUAGAUUUAUAAUUAAUGGACAUUUUUUAACCUCAAAUACACUACAAACUUCUCCUAUAAUAGGCUGAUCAAAUUAAGGUCCUGCACCUAUACAUUAUUAUUGUAGGUGUACCUUCAGGAGCUUUUUGCACUCAGAUUUUGUCACAAAACAAUAUGUACCGAAGGUAAAUUGUUAUGGUAUAGUACACCGUAAUUGGUUAAUGUCAAAUGUGCAUAUUGAAAUUGUAUAGUGUUUUUUGUGCAAGUAUGUAGAUACUUUGAUUCCUCAAUUGAUUUGCACACAUUAUUCUAAGUUCCACCACUGCCAACAAUUUCUAUUUAAGAGGCCUUUAUUUUGAUUAAUAACUGCAAAUAUUGAAACGAUAUAGCAAUUGCUAUAUAAGAAGUAAUAUAGGUAUGAAGACCGGGCAGCUUUAUUUCCUUUCACCUGGGUAAAAUGUUUGAAAUUUUAUUUAAAUAAUUUUGUCAUUUCCCCCAAAAAAUGUAUUGUGGAAUUAUGUAAGUAUGUACUGUAGUUGUAGCCUAUGCACCUUUUUAAAAUCUAUUGAGGUCCAUUAUGAAACAGGACAGAAAUUAUUUGUAAUGUUAAAAUAAAUAUAUUUUAUUAUGA